GAAGCGGCUAACGGGAGCUUUCUCGAUGAGCGUCGCCUGGAGCCUUUCAAAGGAGCGGCCCUCCACUCUGGGGUCUCGGAGGUCGCGUUGGGCACUUCCUCUCGGCGGUACACCUUCACGUUCGACCUGGCCGCGGCCGCCAAACGCAGCCUGGCCUUGUACGAGGUGUUGGAGGACCCCUUGAAGCUGGCGGCGGCACGCCCGGAACUGGGUGUCUUCAUGAACAAUUUACCCAAAGAUGUGACCGAGGAAAUGGUGCGGGACUUCGUGGCCGACUGCGGCACCGUCCUGUCGGUGGCGGUGCCCCGGCACCGGACGAGCCAAGAGCCCCGGGGUUUCGCCAUUGUUAUGUUCGGGACAGAGGCAGCGGUCGUGUCGGCCCUAAAGCUCGACCGGGACCUGAUGGGGGGCUUGGAGGUUAGGGUGAGGCGGCGGAAGAAGGACGAGG